GAUGUAAAUGUUGUUUGAUGUGUGUGAUGUAGAUCAUCUUCCUCUCAGACUGAGUGGAGGGAAGGGUUUGUGUUCGGGGAGACUGGAGGUUUAUCAUAACUCUGUGUGGGGUUCAGUCUGUGAUGAUCUGUGGGACAUCAGAGAUGCUCAGGUGGUCUGCAGGCAGCUGGGUUGUGGAGCAGCAUUGAGUGCUGAUGGGAAUGAAGCGUUUGGUGCUGGUGAAGGUGUUGUGUGGAUGAACAGAGUCGAGUGCAGAGGGACUGAGAUUCACCUGUGGGACUGUCCUCAUGUCCUGAAAAAACAAACUGACUGCUCACACAAAGAACAAGUUAGACUCAUCUGUGCAGGUGAGAGGAGAACACUGAGAGAUCAAUUCAUUAUCAUUUCAGCAACAAACAGGAGAUCAGUGACUCCUCCACAAACUCCUCCUCUCUUCAAUCCUCCAGUGGUUGUGAUUGUACUGGGAGUUUUGCUCUUACUGCUCUUAGUGCCGCUGCUGAUACUGAUUCAACACAACAGAGAGAUG